AUGAAAAUUUUUUCCGUUUUAUUGCUGCGCUGCAAGAAGCCCUCCUGCACACAUGCGAAUUAUUUAGUGCCAGAUGGCUGCACAAUAAAAUGGUCUAUAAGACAGCCAGAAAGCAAAGAUUUUGCAUUCCUCCAGGCACAGCUGCAAGUUAUCUGCAUGAUGAAUCUGUCGACCAAUGAGUUUAUACUGCCAUACAUUCUGAAUGCUGCAAAAGAAUGUCUUGCAGCAGAGGAUCCAGCCCGGGAAUAUUUCAACUACGACAUAGACUUCUUUGAAAAAUCCUUUGAAAAGAACUCAUUUGAGCUUAUAGAUGACAAAAAAGCGAUCACUAACUUAUUCACUGCCUUGCUAUGUGCUAAGUUAGAGGAGGGAACUUUAAGGUGUGCAGAGUGCCACAUGGCAUAUCCCAUAUACGACGGUGUGCCAAACCUUCUUACCAAACAGGAUAUAGAAUAUUAA